AUGUCGCUUCACUCUUUCACCAAAAACGACCUGUUAACUUGCUUCAAAGCCGGAAACAAAUGGAUGGAUCGCGACACUGAACCAGUAGACAAUUUGAUAGAUGUCUUACAGCCAGGGACUCUUUCGAACUCUGAAUUCCCAGGCUCUCAGCUUGACGACAAUGACGAAGUAAAGCAACGUAUCAAUUAUAUCAUAGGAAAGCACAUUCUAAAGGGUAAAACUGAACGAAAAACCUGGCACGCAUAUCUCAAGAUUAUCAAUAUAAAAAAACAAGCAAUCAAUAGCGCCGAAGAGCCUCAGGAUUUGUUCUUUAAGCGUCGAACCCGAUCAUCAACGUUCUCUAUCACCUAG